AGGAGGACGUUCGAAAUGUUCUGGACACUACUGAUUCUGAUUUCCCCUCUUCUCCCCUUCUUCCACUUGCUACCUCUUUCGGAAUCGUCUGCGUUGAGGCUGAAAAGAAAUCAGAGACAUGGUAGGGAAACUUUUAUCGCUAAUAACAGUUCUUUGUCUUCUCCCCACUUCCAUGCAGUCGAGAAUCACCACAAUAAAGAACAUGAAAACAGUCGCUCUCAUGAUUAUAAGGUACAUAAAGGAUCUCAUGCUGUGAGUCAUUUCUUCAGCCCCAGAGAAGAUGACGUCCAGUAUCUUCCCAACGUCGAACUUCUUCGAGGAGAAAAAGGAGACACGGGAGCUCCCGGACCUCCGGGCCCGGUGGGACCAAAAGGUGAAAAGGGCGAUUGCUCAUGGAUUGGGAAUCCUCGCUGGAAAAGAACUGACAAGAAAGAAGACUGGAUAUUUCCAGACAUAGGUUCUGGAGAAGGACCGUCCUCUGAUUUUAUCCUGCCACUGGAAUCUCAGGAUCCUCAGCAAUGCGUCUGCAACAUAUCCGCCUUGGACCUUCCACCAGGACCAUCAGGACAAGACGGAAGAGAUGGACUGCCUGGAAUGCCUGGACAUCCAGGAAUGCCAGGUCCACCCGGAGAAAUAGGAUUACCAGGAUUACCAGGACCUAAAGGUGAGAAGGGUGCAACUGGAGCCACGGGUCUUCCCGGUCUCAUGGGAUUGAAAGGCGAACCUGGUCUGGAUGGCAUUCCCGGAGCUCCCGGUCCAAGAGGUCUCCCGGGCCCUCCAGGGCCACCAGCAUCGGCUACUUCUCAUAGAGGGAGUAUUUUUGAUCUUGAUGACACCUUUGGUGGGGGAGUGUAUGGUGCUCCUGGUGACGGACCUUUCACUUCGUACCUCGGCCGUCCAGGUCCACAGGGAAUACCAGGAUCGCCCGGUGUCCCAGGACCUAGAGGUGAAAGAGGAUUUCCUGGACAAAAAGGAGACAGAGGAGAUCUAGGACCUCGAGGUUAUAAAGGAGAUAAGGGCAGUCCUGGCGAGAAAGGAAGCAAAGGCGAACACGGCAUACCAGGAGCUCGAGGAAUAGCCGGUAUCCCUGGGCAUGACGGUAUCAAAGGAGCGAAGGGUGAGCAAGGUGUUCCAGGCGUGGGACUUCCAGGUCCUCGAGGUCCACCAGGACCACCAGGCCCUAUCGGCUAUUACGGUGUGAGUAAAGAAUUCUCGCCCCUUCAGCUGGAGAAUGAAGACUCAACAGUCAUCAUUUCUAAGGGAGACAAAGGAGAGCGAGGAGAGGAUGGGACACCAGGGACGCCAGGUUUGAAAGGAGAAAAGGGAGACAAAGGUGACACCGGUAUGGAUGGAAUGCCGGGACCGACUGGACCGAAAGGGGACACUGGUGAUCAAGGACCAAUCGGUCCACCAGGACCGGUUUCACACAUUGCUCCGGACGGGACACUCAUCAUUGAAGAAAAGGGCGAGAAAGGUGAGAGGGGGAGAAGAGGAAAGAGGGGUUAUCCAGGACCACCAGGGCCUCCAGGUCCGCCAGGUGAGCCUGGAAUUGUUCCCAAUUUACCAGGAUUCCCGAAUGAAUUAGUGAUCCAGCAGGGUCGUCCGGGAACUCCAGGGCUUCCCGGACAGAAAGGUGAACCGGGAGAGGCCACUAAAGGUGAAAAGGGAGAAAGAGGGGAACCAGGACCUCCUGCUAUGGGGAGUUACGUAAAUCCGGAUGGCUUAGAAAUCAUUACAGAAAUUAAAGGCGAAAAAGGUGAGAAAGGAGACAUCGGACCAAUAGGACCCACAGGAAGCCCUGGUGUUCCUGGAGUGCCAGGAGAAAUGGGACCACUUGGUCUACCAGGAAUGAAAGGCUUGAAAGGUGAUCCCGGAGAACCUGGACCGCCCGGCCCAAUCAUGUAUAUUGAUGAAACCGAUGAGAAAUACGUUUAUGUACCUGGACCUCCCGGACCACCAGGACCUGUGGGACCUCCUGGGAAGUCCAUGCCUGGUCCACCAGGGCCACCAGGACCUCCAGGAUCUGCAGGUCCACUGGACGCACUGUGGUCAAAUUUCACCAAUAGUAACGGAAAAAAGGGAAAUUUCGGAAUGAAAGGCCUGAAAGCUUUUAUGAAAUCUGAAGGUUUCCUUAGCAAAGGAAUUAUUGGACCCCCUGGACCUCCAGGACCACCUGGUCCACCAGGUCCUGCAGGAACCGUUUCCAGUGAUGACAGCAAAAGAAGUCAACCAUCUGUUGUGCCAGGGGCUGUCACUUUAAAGAAUGUGGAUUCUUUGUUGAGGGUGUCAGAAAUUAGUCCACUGGGAACACUGGGAUUUGUUUUGGACGAAGAAACGCUCUUAGUACGUGUCAGUGGAGGAUGGCAGUACGUUGCGUUGGGAUCAUUGGUGCCGUUGCCAUCAGCCACGACUACGACAACAUCCACAACUCCUGCACCAUUAAAUCCUCCAGUUGGUGGCAUGAAGGCAGACACUGCGCCAAGGCUGCGCAUGGCGGCUUUGAACCAGCCUUACACCGGAGACAUGCACGGAGUUCGAGGCGCUGAUUAUGAGUGUUACCGGCAAUCAAGACGCGCCAACCUCAGAGGAACUUUCCGGGCAUUCUUGGCAUCACGCGUUCAGAACUUGGACAGCAUAGUUCGGCAUAAGGAUUCGGAUCUGCCAAUCGUCAACAUAAAGGGUGAGGUGUUAUUCAAUUCCUGGAAGGACCUGUUCGCUGGAACAGCUGCUCCUUUUUCGUAUCCUCCUCGAAUAUAUUCUUUUGAUGGAAGAAACGUUUUAACAGAUAAUGCAUGGCCACACAAAAUGGUUUGGCAUGGCUCGGAUCGCCUUGGAGUAAGAGAGAUGGAGGCUUAUUGUGAUGCUUGGCACUCAGAAGGCACCACAAAGGUGGGUGUUGCCAGCUCCCUCCUUCGCCACCGUCUCCUUGACCAGGAGAAACACCCUUGCGACAGAAGCUUCAUCGUCCUCUGCAUCGAAGCCACCAGCCAGGAUGACUUCAAAAAGAGAAGAAGACGCGGCUUGGAGCACGGCGAAGAGCUGCUGAGCGCGCACGAAUACGCCAAAGUGUUGCAGAGAAUGAUCAGAUCAUGAACUGCUUUCACAGUAUCCUCGAAUUGAGAUGUACUUGCACAGCCAAGAAAGGAUAGAUGGAAUUUUCCAGUUGAUUAUUGUGUCCAUUUUUGUUCCGACUUUGAAUUAAUGUUUUAUCUGAGUAAAAAUAAGGACUUUAACUGAAACUGUAACCAUAUGUUUAAAAUGUUAUCACGUGUGUAGUAAGGCUCUUGACAAUUUCCAUGCAAAAAUUGGUUAGAACAAUACGUUAAAAAAUACUGAUGAAGGGGUUCAAAAAUUAGGAAUUCCAUCUUAAUUUCAGAAUAUUAUUAUUUAAUUGUUUAAAAUGACAAAUUUUAAUUGCCUUUAUUUAAAAUUGAAA